AUGUUGGGCGUUCUCCGUGCCCGCGUCUCCCUUCACAUUCCAUCCUCCCUCCGACGCGUUCAAGUGCACAUGUUCAGCAUCUUCAGGCCCCGCCCACGUCGUCGCCCGAGCAACGAUGUCGUACCUGAUCCGUUUGGGCCGUUCCCGAGGACCAACUAUGUUCUCCAGCCUGCGCGGACAGCGGCCCAAGUGCUGGAUUCGGAAGAUCCGAGGCACAACAUCCAUUCAUUGACCUGUGAGGCGAUUCACUCUGGCCUGCUGACCCCUAGCGCCCUCAAUCUUCGACAGGUCGGUCCCAUCGACACUUACGACGGCUGGAGAGGAUGGGCAGACUGGGUCAUCGACAUUGUGGUCGAGAUGGACCGAGACUAA